AUGAAUGUCACACGUGACCUGUGGUCUUAAUACCCCAGCCUCCCCUGCGGGCAUUCAGUGCACAUUCAAUCGGCAUAACUGUUAGAUAUAAAUCAAUAGUAAAAAUUUUCCAAGAACCAAGAUGAUACUGUGGGGCUUAUUUCUCUUUUUGAUGACACUACAAUAUUCCUUCGGCGGAGUCAUCGACCCUCAAGAGGAUAUAUGCAGAAGUCUGACGUCAUGUUCUACUUGCGUUGUUAAGUCGUAUUGUUCGUGGUGCAUUACUAAAAACCGGUGUACCAAGCAGUCCUGCCGCAACGACAACGUCAUCUACCCGGAAUUCAGUACCGCUCUCAUGUCAGGUCCAACUUUUUGUCCGAGAGUAGAAGUGGAUCCGACUGAGGACAAAAUAUUAAAAAGCGGCAAAAGAGAAGUUAUUACUUUGAAAAUAACGCAGAUUCAUCUUCACAUGGCUUUUACUCCGUGGAAGUGUAGAAUAGUAGUUGGGGGUAAAGAGCAAGUUGUUAGUGCCGCGAUAGUGGCAGGAACCGUGUACUGUGAUGCCGUAGUACUGAACAACGAAUCUGGUGAUCCUAGUGUAGCUGGCGAAGUGUCAGUCAUGUGGGAUUACAACAAGAGACUAGACGGUGCUGUACCUAUUAAAAUAUACUCUUGAAUACUAAGAAUUAAAGUGAAAGGAAUCCCACCAACUGAUGUGUUUUCGUGCCAAAAAGUGAAUUUUGUCGAAUAUUAUUGCAAGCAUGUGAUGUUAAUAAUGUUUAAAAUUGUGCACAUCAUUAUCCAUGUAUUUUUUUAUGGUAUAAAUGUAUGGUAUGUACUUAUAUAAAUACAAAUUAAGUAAAUAAA